AUGGCGCGAAGCACGCGUUCUCUCCGUCCGAAAGCGACAGUUUUUGCGCACCUGUACCGGGUUCUUCUUCUCGUCUCGGUUUGGAUGUCACUGCUUGAUCCGGUAGUAGGUGACGGCACUGUUUUGAACCGGAGCGGAGGGGUUCGUUGGUUUGACAGCAGCAGCGGUGAUGCCGUUGUCGGCAGCGAAGAUGGAGUGCUCAUCCCGGGCCAGGGCGAUAACGACGGGGACCCGGGCGGACCGGGAGAAGGAUCUCCACGGCUGAGGAGAGCGCUUGUCCAGGACAAAGUCUCUUUGCUGAGCAGCUCUUUCGUACUCAAGGGUGAUGCCACUCACAAUCAGGCAAUGGUUCACUGGACGGGCGAAAACAGCAGCGUCAUCCUUAUUCUCACAAAAUACUACCAUGCAGACUCCACCAAGGUGCUCGAGAGCUCCCUCUGGAGGUCCAGCGAUUAUGGUACCACGUACUCUAAGCUCAACCUGAUGCCUGGAACCACCAUCAUUGUCACAAACUUCUACAUUUGUCCCACCAAUAAGAAAAAGGUGAUUCUCGUGAGCUCCACCAUAAACGAGCGAGAACAAAUGCUUUUCAUCAGCACAGAUGAGGGUGCGUCCUUCCAGAGACAACCUCUCUCCUUCAACGUGGAUACGUUACUCUUCCACCCCAGCGAGGAGGAUAAACUGCUGGCCUACAGUAAAGAGGGCAAGCUGUAUGUGUCCACAGACUUGGGCCGGAAAUGGACUCUUCUGCAAGAGCGAGUGACCAAAGACAGAGUUUUUUGGUCAGUGUCUGGAGUGGAUGUAGAUCCUGACUUGGUGCAUAUGGAGAUGCAGGACACCAGUGGAGGGUAUCUGUACGUGACCUGUCUUGUUCAGAAUUGUUCUGAUAAGAUGGUGACUGCACAGUUCCUGGGAAAGAUCGACCACAACUCUCUGUCAGUCCAAGACGAUUACAUAUUUGUGAAGGUGACCGCUGGGAAUCGAACCAAGUAUUACGUCUCUUUCCGCAGAAAUGAGUUUGUUCAGAUGAGGUUCCCAAAGUACGCCUUACCAAAGGACGUGCAGAUUGUGAGCACCGAUGAGAACCAGGUGUUCCUUGCUCUUCAGGAGUGGUACCAGACAGACACGUAUAACCUGUACCAGUCGGACCCACAGGGCGUGUAUUACUCCAUCGUACUGGAAAACGUACGCAGCACCAAACAGCCCGAGCAGAAUGUUCUCAUCGACAUACUGGAGGUCCGUGGGAUCAAAGGGGUUUUCCUGGCCAAUCAGAAAGUGGAUGGAAAAGUGACAACGCUCAUCACCUACAACAAGGGCAGAGAUUGGGCACCUUUGACUCCGCCUGCCACAGACAUGAAUGGCAAACCUGUGAACUGCAAGCCGCCUGAUUGUCACCUUCAUCUUCAUCUGCGCUGGGCCGAUAACCCCUACGUUUCUGGAACGGUCCACACCAAAGACUCCGCCCCUGGCCUCAUCAUGGGCGCAGGUAAUCUGGGUUCACAGUUGGUGGAGUAUAAAGAGGAGAUGUACAUCACGUCAGACUGUGGGAAGACCUGGAGACAGGUGUUUGAGGAAGAACAUCACAUUCUGUAUCUGGAUCACGGAGGAGUCAUCGUGGCAAUAAAAGACACCUCCAUCCCGCUAAAGAUACUAAAGUUCAGCGUCGAUGAAGGACACACUUGGAGCGUUCAUAACUUCACCAGCACCUCCGUGUUCGUGGACGGGCUUCUUAGCGAACCGGGGGACGAGACGCUGGUCAUGACGGUGUUUGGCCACAUAAGUUACCGGUCUGACUGGGAGCUGGUGAAAGUCGAUUUCCGCCAGUCUUUCCCCAGACAGUGCACAGAGGCAGACUACGACUCCUGGAAACUCACCGAUCCACAGGGAGAGCACUGCAUUAUGGGACAGGAGCGUAUGUUCAGGAAGAGGAAAGAGUCAUCGUUCUGCAUUAAAGGAAAGAGCUAUACAUCAGCGCUAACAGCUAAACCCUGCCAGUGCACAGAGAAAGACUUCAGCUGUGACUAUGGAUUUGAGCGCGCUCCCAGUCUCAGGGCUGAAGGUGAUCGAUGCUUCCCCGAUUUUUGGCAUGACCCUGAUGCACCUCCAGAAGACUGUCACGUUGGACACACCUAUGAGUCCAGCACGGGGUACAGGAAGGUGAUUUCUAAUGUGUGUGAGGGAGGGGUGAACAAACAGCAGAGCUCCAAGCAGCACUCCUGCCCUCUGCUGCCCCCUAAAGGCCUUCGCCUCGGCCUCAAAGGUCAGAUGCUCGCCGUGGCGCCCGGAGAUGACCUCACCUUCGUCAUCCAGCAGGAACAGGGCGACACCAGCAGUAUGAAGUACCAUGUGGACCUGUUUGAUGGAACCAAGGCCAUCUACGAGAACCUGACUGUCACAGACGAGCCCAUACAGCACCGGUACGAACAGCCCGGAGUGUAUCGGGUCAGCGUCAAAGCCGAGAAUGCCGCCGGUCACGACCAGGCAACGCUCUACAUCCAGGUCACAGCUCCUCUACAGGAAGUGCAUCUGGAGGCGGUUCCCAUUGCUGGGAGAAACCAUGAAGUGAACCUCUCUGCUGUAGUGCUGCCAGCAGAAGCCAACCUGACUGUGUUUUACUGGUGGAUCGGUGGAAACCUACAGCCCAAAUUGACCCUGGAGAGCAGUUUGAUCACGCGGUUCACUGAGGAAGGAGAGGUUCCGGUCACGGUCCAGGCCUCUAAUGGUCGCUCCAUGGUCCAGGACACCAAGAUCGUGCGUGUUUACGACCGUUUCCAGGUCAUCCCACUCCGCUUUAGCCGUAACCUGGACCUGUUCAAUCCCAACAUCCCUGAAUGGAGAGAAGAUGUGGGUCAGGUGGUCACCAGGAUCCUGGCCAAGAUAACAGGGAUACCGCCGGGGUCCUUGGUUACCAUGGUGAAGCCGGGUCUGCCCACCACGGCCGAGCUGUACGUCCUGCCUCCGGACAACAAGCCAGAGAAGAGGAGCGUGUUUGUGGAUAAGCGUAUUCCCACCAUUAAACAGGCCCUGAAUGAGAACAACGUGAGUUUCAUCAUUAGAGGAGGACUCCAGGUCUUGGUGAUGCUGGCCGAUCCAGACGGAGUUUCACAAGAGAGCACAUCCACGCAAGGUUCAGCAGGUGGAGCUGCAGGACCAGGCAUGUGGGCUCUGGCAGUUAUUCUUGUCAUCAGUCUCCUGUCUACUGGAGCAUUCAUCCUCUAUAAGUGUAAAAGGAAAAACUACAAAAUCCAUGGUUCCUUGCUGAGGAAAGAGGAGAGCAGCCUAACGCAUCCCUGGCUGCGUUUCAGAAAGCUGCCGGGGAGGAACGUCUACGCCCAGAUGCACAACGAGAAGGAGCAGGAAAUGACGAGCCCUGUCAAUCACAGCGAAGACACGCAGAACAUCAUCCAGGGGGAGGAGUUUAUCGACGACGACCUGGACUCGCAGACUCUAGGCAACCACUCAGGAGUGGUGUUAAGCAUCAACUCCAGAGAGCUGCACAGCUACCUGACCAGCUGA